AUGCUAGACACACUACGCUCCGAUAUCCAAGAGGCAGCAAACGACCUAUACAAGCAGGCGGGAUUGGUAGUUAACCUGAGCAAGGCAAGGAGCGCAAGCAUACCAUGGCUCCGAUUUACAGGCUUCCCUACCCACCUGGACGGCCUAAGGGACGAGGAGAUUAGUACGGCGGUAUCGCUACCUCCCCGGAAGAAGAUAAAGAUGAAAAUAAAGAACAACGUUAGCAACAGCAACAGCAACAGCAACAGCAACGGCAACAGCAACAGCAACAGCAACAGCAACAGCAACAGCAACAGCAACAGCAACAGCAACAGCAACAGCAACAGCAACAGCAACAGCAACAGCAACAGCAACAGCAACAGCAACAGCAACAGCAACAGCAACAGCAACAGCAACAGCAACAGCAACAGCAACAGCAACAGCAAUAAUGGUAACGACGGUAAUGACGGUAACGACGGCAACGACGGCAACGACGGCAACGACGGUAACGACGGUAAUGACGGUGCAACGUUAUGUUAUAUUGUAGAGGCUACCGAUACCGUCCUCCAGAAUGCAUAUGUACGAUGCAGCGAUGCCUCGCCGGAGCGGAGGAUGACGCCUAUUAGGGCUGCUAUCCUCAGCCAGUUUUACGCCAACGCGCCGGGACUGGGAGGGCUAAAACCGUUCCGCACAUAUAAGAACGAAAACACAAUUGAUAAGUACUUUAGCAAGAUAAAGCAGCUUAUAGCGUACUAUUACAGGGUAGCUAUCCUCCGCGACGAGCUGCUAUUCGGGUGCGGAGCGAUAACGACGAUAAGGUCGUAUGCGGUAGAUGACGACCUGGACCUCGAUAGCUUCGGGGCGUUAUGGCUGGACGACAAACGCAACGAGCCCCUCGUCCGCGGAUGCAGUACCGCCCUAGUGGACUGCAUACAGCAGAGCGCUCGGCUAAAACGGCUGUUCCUUAUUGGGGAGGAGGAGGAGGAGGAGGAGGAGGAGGAGGAGGAGGAAGAAGGGGGGGGGGCACCGAGGAGGGAUACGGCGGAAGGGUCGUACGCAAGGAUGCAAUAUGCACCGUACGUCGUCCCCUUCCGCCAGAUGCUCCUCCGCCAGCGGAAGCCCGGGGCGGUACUGUCGCCUUACCUAUGGGCCCGGCUGGACGGGAAGUUCGGCGCCGAUAGGGCCAACUUUAACGGGGCCGACGCGGCCGACGACAUAGAGGACGAGGCGGAUAUAGUCGACCUCGCCAAGAUAAGCAACCACUCGUACCGGGUAUUCCAGAGGUUGUACGCAAGCAACAAUACGCUAACGCCGGCGACACUGCUGACCCGCGGCUUCCGCGCCUCGAGGAGCUGGAGGGGGCUGUUUAAGUUCGACGAGGUACUGUCCGGUAAGCGCCCGCCGCCCGCCGACGGCCCGGCCGGUAUUGCCGCCGCAUGCAAGAGGGCCAGAGUCCGACAGCGGCCGCACGCGGGCGAGGACGAUAUACUCGCCGCCGCCCGAUAUAUGUACCGCGACCCUAAGCUUGAGUUCCGCACGCCCGGCCAGCGCGCCGCAGCUAUAGUUAUGCUAGCGCCCGACUCGCCGGACCAGCUCAUCGUCGUGCUCGGCACCGGCUCCGGCAAGAGCCUGCUGUUUAUGUCGCGCCUGCAGGAGGCCGGGAUCCAAUACCAUACCUGGUACGCCCAGUCGAGGCAGACGGCGCCGGUAGUGCUGGUAUCCGCCGAGCUUGCGUGCACGUCGGCGUUCCUCGACUACGCGCACAACCUCGUAACGAGGCAGAGGCUCGACCGUAUCGUUAUCGACGAGUGCCACCUAACGCUGACGGCCGUCGAUUACCUGAGGGAGUCGACGAACCGAUAUAAGAUCCGAUACCGUAUCCGCCGCGCCAAGGGGGGCAGGCCGAUUGAGCUCGAGGCCCUAAAGUGGAUCGGCAAGUACGUUGCGACCCCCGCCAUAUUCUACAACAACCAGCAGAAGAUGUGCCCGACCUACGUUGGCGGCAACAACGUAGCCGAGGAGGGCAAGAAGGCCGCCAUCGCCCGCUGGCUGGACUCGCCCGACCAACGCGUUAUCGUGGCGACCAAGGCGCUCGGCAUCGGCUUCGACUACCCCUACAUCCGCGUCGUCCUCUACGUAGGCGCGCCCGAGAGCAUAAGCACGUGGAAGCCCGGGGGACGCAGCGGCACCUACGAUAACGCUAUGGACCUCUACCUUACUAUGCGCUACUGCGCGCGGGCGGUCAUCAGCCAGACCAUGGACAGGCCCGAGGACUGGACCUGGUGCAUGACGGGGGACGCAACGUGCCAGGCCUGCCCCGACGCGCACACGACCCCCCGCCCGCCGGGGCCCGCGCUCGGGCUGCAGGACGCCGACGCCGCGUUCCCCAGCGCCAAGGAGGCAAGGAGGCAGGACAGGAUCGACAGCGACACCGUGGAACGCUACAAGCGGGACCUGGAGGGCGUAAAGAUAAUAUACCUGUACUGCAGGGUCGUCGGCAGGCCGUUCGACCACGCCGGCGGGGCGUGCCCCUACCGGUGGGAUUGGAUCAAGGCUAAGAGCGCCGCAAUGAAGGCGUCCAGGCGGAAUCCCUGGAUGCCGAGCCUAACGGUGUGCUACCGGUGCUUCCAGCCGCAGACAAUAUGCCGUGUGGCCGACCCCGAGGCGGAACAGGACACGUGCUAG